AUGUUCGUUAUACUAGCUUUGGCCUAUGUCCUCAUAGCCUUGCCAUCGACUCUAGCAUCAUGUGGCCCCAUCGACGAUGUGACCCUUACCUUUUACGGCUGGCCAGACAAUUCGCCUCCUGGAUCGGACAAUGCAUUUGACUGCGGACGUGGUAAAAAUGCGGAUGGGAACCCUAUGGCUGGAGGUAGCGGAACCUACGAUGAUCCUAUCUCCUUCGCAACUGCCACCAAUAAUAGAAACCUGCCAGAAUGCGCCGUCGUCUACGUCCCUCUCUUGCACAAGUACUUCCGCAAUGAAGACGACUGCGCUCAGUGCCUAACCGAUUGGGACUCGAAGGGGGAAUACCACAUUGACCUAUGGACUGGAUCAAACACUGCUGGUGGUGGUCAGGACCAGAUCAAUUGCGAAGACAAUUUGCCUGGAGGGUCGCAGACGAUUAUCCUUGAUCCACCGAAGAGUCUUCCUGUGGACACCACACCAUUAUACGACCAACCAUCGAACCAAUGUCACACGACGACAUACUCUAUCUCUGACUCUUCAAGCCUCUGCGCCGGCGGCAGUAAAGGCGGAUCCCCAGCACCUAAGACUACGAAGCGGACGCCCGCGAUACAGAAGAGUGUAAAGAGAGUAGAGAUGGAAACGGCAGGAUCGACGCUCGGAGCGGACGAAACUAUUUGCGAGGAGCCAGAACAGCCACCCCUAUACUUCGUUCUGUUCUUUUUGCGAGUCAUAGCCACAACAUUCUACAGACGGGAAAUCAAAGAUCAAGAGAGCAAGGCAUACGACGAGUAUCAUAUCAUCCUUCCGUCACCAAUCCCUACAUGA